AGUCGCCGCCCCUCAAUGGUGCAAAUUUGUAUCUACUGUAAAUAAUCAUCCGCGGAGAUCAUCUUUCUUUAUGGAGCACAAUGUUGAUUUUAUGAAUCGUCAGCACUAACACAUUCAGGCCAACAUGAGUACAGUCGGUGAGAAUCAGCUGCAGAGAAUAAUCAGAGAUCUACACGAUGCAGUUUCUGAGUUGAGCAAAGAGCACUGUGAGACAGGAGAACCCAUCACCGACGACAGCCCCAACCUUCACAAGUUCUGCUAUAAACUGGAGUACCUGCUGCAAUUUGACCAGAAAGAGAAGAGAACAUUUCUGGGAAGCAGAAAAGACUACUGGGAUUAUUUCUGCGACUGUUUGGCCAAGAUUAAAGGAGCCAAUGACGGCAUUCGCUUUGUCAAAUCAAUCUCCGAGCUGAAGACAUCACUUGGGAAAGGACGGUCCUUCAUACGAUACUGUCUCGUGCACCAGAGACUUGCAGAUACUCUUCAGCAAUGUGUUAUGAACUACAAAAUCACAUGUGACUGGUAUUAUGAACGCAGCCCUUUCCUAAAGUCCCAUCUUAACACUGACAUCAUCAACCAUCUGUAUGAACUCAACGAGGUCCAGUUUGACGUAGCAUCCAGGGGUCACGACCUUGACUCCGACUGGCCCACCUUUGCCAGAAAGACUCUGGGAUCAGCAGUCUCAUCCCAUGCGUGGAAACCACCCAGUCGCUGCUCCAGUGUCACCAGUCUGGUCAGCAGUUACUCACAGCAAACUCAGGAGUUUAUUUCAGGCCAGGAUUUCAGUUCCAGUCUUCUAGGUGAUCUGGGAGAGCUGGGCGAGCUCUCCUGUACUGCUUCUGAGAACCUUCGCUUAGAGCUUGACCAGUCUGAGCUGAAACAACAAGAGCUCCUGGAGAAGAUCCGGCUGCUGACCGAUGAAGCAGCUGAUCUGAGGGCUGUGGUCAAGGAUCUGGAGGAACAGAUAUCGGCUGCUAAAAGUCAUGAGAAAAGAGUGCAGUCUGCAGGGGUGGAGCAGAAGGUCUUCAAGACUGUCAGAGAGUGCACCGAUCGUCUCCAAACAACCACGCAGGAACUGGAGGCUCUACGGCUACAAGAAGCAUCAGAACGCAACCUAGAAGCCAAGCUGAACGUCACCGAGAACAGAAACAUGGAGCUGCUGGCCAAACUCGACGGAGCUUUGAGCGAAAAUGCACAGCAGGCCGCCAGUUACUGCGACUCGGCCUGGACGAUCCAAGAGCUCCUGACCAAACUAAAAGAGGCGGAACAAGAGAGAACCGAGUGUAAACGACUGGCGGAGCGACUUGCUCAGGAGCUGAAGCAACAGGAGGUGAAACUAAAAGAGGUUGACCGCAAACUGGACGCAUUUAACACGACUGCCAACAAGGAACGAGCAGCUGCGGAUGAGCUGCAGAUGACCGUAAACCACCUCCAGGGAGCGCUUUCUCUGAAGGAGCGGGAGACAGAUAACCUUCGUACGCAAUUGCAGGACUUGCAGAGCGCACUGAAGACGCGAGAGUCCCAUCUGGAGGAGAUGAAGGGACGAACGCAAGAGGAGCUGCAACAGAAGGGCGUGCUCGAGGAGCAACUCAAGGCGAAGGAGUCUGAGCUUACCGUCUGCAUCGACAAGAUUCGCAAACUGGAGAGUGACAACGAGCGAUUGGCUGCAGACGGUCAGAGCUUGCAAACGCAAGCCAGGAAACUGGAGGAGUACAAGAACCAGUGCACAAGCUUAAUGGAGAUCAACACCAAGCUGAUCCAGACUGUGAAAAGAAAUGAAGAAAGCAGCAAGGAGCUGGCACAAGCCAAGAAUGGUCUGGAGAGAGAGCUGAUGAUUGCACGGGCAUCAGAGACACAGCUGAGAACCAGACUGGAGUCUGCUGGACUUACGGUGGAGAACCAGCACCUCGAGGAGUGUGUUUUGAAUCGCCAGGUGAAGAAUGAUGAGACGGAGACUAGAGAGCACUCCUCAAGCUCUGAUAGUGGAGAAUCCACCUCAAGGCUGGCUCUGGCUGAGACUCAACUUGACCUCAACAUGAAGGAGGUUUGCAGACUUCAGGAGGAGGUUUUGGAACUCAGGGCUCGGCUCCUGGUGAGCUCGGAGGAGAGGAUGAAGAGCCAGACUCUGCAAGAGGUUACGGAAGCCUCUCGAGAGGACCUCCGGGCUCAGACGGAGCAACUCAAGAGCCAGGUGGUAGAACUAAACCGCAGACACGUGGAGGAACUGAUGCAUUGCAGAGAAAGAGAAGAGACCCUGGUAAAGGAGAGGGAUAAGGAGGCCAACACCCGAGCGAGACUCCAGACGGAGGCGAAUGCCACGAGGGAAGAGCUUCAUGAGGUGAAGAAACACAACGACAGUCUGGCACUGGAGAACGGAGAGGCUCGCGAGGCCUUGCACAGGGCCAACACGGAAACGGCAGAGCUCGGGGUUCACGUUUGCAUGCUGACAGGACAGAACGAAGAGGCUGAGCUGCGAUGGGAGGAGAUGUCCGCCAACUUGCAGGAGAGACAGACAGAGGCACAGGAGGAGGUGCGAACUUUGAGCGAAACUCUGGAAGACACGAAGAAGGAUAAUGCAAGACUCCGGGAGCAGCUAAAGGAGAUGGAGGGACUUCCUGAAGUUGUGCAGGAGUUGCAGGAGCGGCUUGAAAAGGCAGAAGAAGAAAAGAGAAGUCUUCAGGAGACCAGGCAGAGAGAGGUGGAUAACCUGAGGUCCCAGCUGAGCGACGAGGCUGCACACCACGAAAAACAAGUGCAGCGUCUAAAUGAAGAAUUGGAUGAACUGAGAAAGAAACUGGAUGUCGAACUUGAGAACGUUUCGAGUCUUGAGUCCAAAGCGUCAGAGCUGGAGUCUGUCAACAGCGAGUACAGUCAGAUGAUCGAAAAGAAAAACAACUGCAUUGGUGAUUCUGAAACCGUUAUUGAUCAGAAAGAGGAACUGAUAAAAACCCUCCGAGAGAACUUAUCGAGAGCUGAGGAGCAGUCGGCUCUUGCACAGAAGGCCUGUCAUGAGCUGGGUGUGAACUUGAGCAGAAGUGCGAUGGAGAAGCAAACCCUCGAGCUGAAGAUGUCCUCUGAGAUAGAUGACCUUUCUCGCACCAAGAGGAACCUGGAAGAGAGACUUAUUGAACUUAUAAGGGAGAAAGAUGCUUUGUGGCAGAAGUCGGAUGCGCUGGAGUUUGAGCAGAAACGGAGGGCCGUAGAACAGACAGACCGAGACAUCGCAUACUGUCUCAGCUGCCGCAACCACUUCAGCUGGAUGCUGCGCAAACACAACUGCAGGUUAUGUGGGCGUCCCUUCUGUUACAACUGCUGCAAUUAUGCUGUGAGUGGCCAGCAGGGCGGCGCUAAAGAGCGAUGCUGUAAGGACUGCUCCACUCAGCACAGCCACCCACAGACAGAUCCAGAUAGUCCUUUACAUCCACUCUACAGAACAGUAUCAAGUCCUACCAGAACCAGCACACCUGGAGUCAAAGGGGAGCUGAAGACCCCUCAGCCGGACGAUACGGCGUUUGACAUCAUCUCUGAAGAUGAAGUGAGCGGUGUCCAUGAUAAUUCGCUGUACACCACUGCACUCUCUGAGACGGGACAUCUCAACAGUGACAUCACAAGCACAGAUGAAUCGGACGAGCUGAUUGGCUCUGUUCAGGAUGCAGAAACCUGCCUGCUGAAAUGUGGAGAGAAGACGUUGUCAGUGCCGUACAGUCUGGAGGACGUGGUUCAGUUUGGCGAAGGUUUCAGAGAACUCUUCAUCAAGUCCAGCUGUUACAGUGUCGUUCUCAUAACCGCUGCUCAUCCCGGUCCUACCAUCAGCUGGAUCUUCUCAUCUGAACCCAAGAGCAUCACCUUUAGUGUGGUGUACAGAGAGAACACGGACACGCCUCUGGAACAGGCUAAGGUUCUCAUCCCUCUGACAAGAUGCAACUCUCAUAAGGAAACCAUUCAAGGACAAGUGAAGGUCAGGAACCCUGGAGAAUUCACUCUCAUCUUCGACAACUCCUUCUCCAGGUUCGUUUCGAAGAAAGUCCUGUACAAACUGAGUAUAGAGACACCGGAGGUCUGCAAUGGAGGUGAUUCUCCUUAAACAGGAAAACAUCCCACACACAUAAACACUUGAUCAAGGGGACUUCAUGUUGAGGGUUCUGCUGGUUUAAAAAAUCUGUUUUAAAUCUGUAUGACUUUCUUCUGCAGAACACAAAAGAAGACAAUUUGUAGACUGUAGUUAACCGGCACCCAUUCACUUGCUUUGUUUUUUUGUCCAUACAAUAGAAGUGAAGGGGUACCACCAUUGUUCGGCUACCAACAUUCUUCGAAAUAUCUUCUUUUGUGUUCUGCAAAAGAGAGGAAGCCAUACAGAUUUGACAUGACAAGAGGGCGAGUAAAUGAUAAGAGGUUUAAUUUUGGGGUGAACUUGCACUUUAACACAGAAACAUGAAGCAUAUGAACAAGAAGUCUGCAGUACUUUAGAGAGCUGUGUGGUCAAACAGAUGCGUCAACGUAUAUGAAGGAUCUGACUGCACAGUAUGCACUACAGAAAAGCUUUAUUACUGUUUGUUUUAUUGAAGUGAGAGAGCGAGUGUAGAGUGAGAUUUAGCUAUAGAAAAUGCUGACGUGACUUCAGUACAGGGACGUUGGUUUAAUGAUGUCUUGCGAAAAUGCACAAAAUGGAGGAGUGGGUACAAAAUGCUUGAAGUCUUUCUAGCUAAUGAAUUGGGGAAAAUCUCCAAUUGUUUGCACGACUAUACUCAUUUUGUUAUGACGUUUAAAAGGUAACCCUACAACUAUUAUUUCUACGCAGCCAAAAAUAGCUUCUGUAAUACUUAGAUCAUUAUAUAACCAAUUAUUUUCAUUCAGCUGAAUCCAGACAAACAUUUGUAAGCAAUAACUUAGUUGGGGUUUUGCACAAUAAGAACAAUGUUGUGUUGCUUUUUGGGUAAUAGCACAAAUAAUGCCAGCUAGAGGUGAAUGAAGUAAAUAGCUCUUUUGACUUUUUGAAUACAGUAGUUUCAUUAAAAAGAAAUAAAAUCAUUCAUACUUUACUCUCGCACUUUUUGUACAUGUUCCAGAGUGAAUGGUACUAAUCUGAAUACUGUCAACUUAAACUUUGUAAUGUAUGUGUCCAGGUAUAACAGUGAUGUUAUAUUGCAACUGGUUUGAAAUAAAGCUGUUAAAUGAA